AUGAGCGUCCUGGCUGGGGUUGAGAGGUCCCCUUCCCCCCAAGCCCGAGGUCUCACGACUCCCGGCGAUGUCCCAGGAGACCCGGACCCACGCCACAGCCUGAAGCUCCGUGAGGAAACCGAGGCAUCACAGGUGAUGGCGGAGCCGGGUGCGGGAAGCUUGAACGCGGUGGCGCUCCCACCGCCUCAGCUGCCAGAGGGGCGGGGAGCCUUCCACGUCCCCGCGGGCUGUGACCACCCAGCCCCGAUCCGAGGCGGUGGGGAUUGCGGUUUCGAGGCGACCGAAGCGGGGCAGGCGGAGGCUCCGCCUCUCGCGGAAGGCCUGGAAGCUGUGCCGGUGUCCGUGGCAACGGACAACAGCCUGAAAAAUGGCUGUCAGAGCGGAGAUCCGCGCGGCCCCGGUGGGGAGAAGCCAGAGAGCUCCGGGUUUGAGGUGUUGGCAGCGGUGAAGUCCGAGGAGGUGGAGACCGAGAAGUGCACCGUUUCCUCGGUAGCAGUGGAUGAGGAGGUGGUGGAGAAGGAAAAAGUGAAGGAGGAGGAGGAGGUGGAACAAAAGAUGGAGGUGGAGAAGCAAGUAGGUGAAGAAAGAGAAAUGAUGGAGGAAAACAGAGUGGGGGACGAGGAGAAGGAAGAAGCAGGGCCCCGACCCUUGAAUAUGGAUCUCCGCAUGAACCCCCUGGAAGCCAUCCAGAUGGAACUGGACACUGUGAAUGCUCAGGCCGACAGGGCCUUUCAGCAACUGGAGCAUAAAUUUGGGCGGAUGCGUCGGCACUACCUGGAGAGGAGAAACUACAUCAUUCAGAAUAUCCCGGGCUUCUGGGUCACUGCCUUCCGGAACCACCCCCAGUUGUCCCCCAUGAUUAGGGGCCAAGAUGCAGAGAUGCUAAGAUACAUAACCAAUUUGGAGGUCAAGGAGCUCAGACACCCUAGAACUGGCUGCAAAUUCAAGUUCUUCUUUCGAAGAAACCCUUACUUCAGAAACAAGCUUAUUGUCAAAGAAUACGAGGUCAGAGCCUCCGGCCGAGUGGUGUCUCUUUCUACUCCCAUCAUAUGGCGCCAGGGCCAUGAACCUCAGUCCUUCAUUCGCCGGAACCAAGAUGUCGUCUGCAAUUUCUUCACCUGGUUUUCAGACCACAGCCUUCCAGAGUCCGACAAGAUUGCUGAGAUUAUCAAAGAAGAUUUGUGGCCCAAUCCACUGCAGUAUUACCUGUUGCGUGAAGGAGUCCGCAGAGCCAGACGUCGCCCAAUAAGAGAGCCAGUGGAGAUCCCCAGGCCCUUUGGAUUCCAGUCUGGUUAAUCUCUGCCUUUGGAAAUACUGCACAAGGUCCCCUACCACCUCUUGCUGGACCUGUGCUCGGACAACAGAAAUGGGUAUGCCUUUUUUCCCCCCUGACGUUUCUACAGCCUUUUUCCUCUGGACAUUGUUUUCUCGACCUCAAGACUGAGACUUUGAAGGCCAUGGUCCUCCAUUUCCAUAUGGCCUUCAUGCCAUUCUUCAUUACUGUCACAUGCUGCAUGGUCAUGAUUCACAUUACUCCUAGGCCAAGCACAUGAUGCUGUAAAUUGCAUUACCUUUAUCUGCACUGCAUGGACCCUGUUUGUUCCCAGGGCCUUUGGUCUGGCUCUUAGCACCUGGAAUUCUAGCUUUGCCUAGAAGCUCAUUCUACCCACUUUGCUCUUUAGUACAGGCAUGUAGCCUGUAGACAAUUGUGGGACAGAGAGAGCAGCAGCGUGCCACUUAGUCUAUGUGAUUUAUGUAAUUCCAUUGCUCUUCUUGCACCUCUGGUCACUUCCUACUCCCUACUACUGGCCGUGCCUACCCACCUUGGGCCCCUGCCUACCUUGCAGAUAAUUGUUGGCCCCACUGUCUGGUUUCUGGUAGACAAGAAUCUCUAGAACUGCCGGGGGACCCAGGUUUCCUGCCAGCAUACAAACACCCUUCUCUUCCUCCCCCCAAAAGAUCUAGAUUUCCUCACCUCCCCUUCCCUCCAUCUUCGUGAUCCAGAACACUACUAACUGUCAAGCUAGUGAUCAAAAUGACAUGUUAAACCUUAUUCUUAUGGCAAGAGUAAGGAUGGUGUCCAUUCUAAUUACCAGGCUUUCUCGGCCUCAACUAGUAAAUUCACAUGAAACUUAGGUAUACCUCUUGUGCCUCCUCUCCUUAACCCUGAACGCUAUUAAAUGCCAGGGUGGCAGUACAAUUUCUCUCUGUCUCCUGUCUCUUAAAGAAGAAAAAAAAAAAAAAAAAAUAGCUCAAAAGCGUCUGCAGAAGCAGGCCUUUUAGUUUAAUUUGGUUUUAGCUCUUCAUUAUUUUCAGGGAUAGGUUGUCCUGUAAAAUAGACUGCUGGAGCUCUUUCCCUCUGCUCUCUUCCCCACUCUCCACUCCUUUAGCAACACCUAGAGGAUUUAAAGGGAGACAGAUCUAGAUUAAAUGAAAAAUUAUAUCUAGUUUAUAGUGGAUGGAAGAACCCGAGAUUUUGAUGGGUUCCCUAAGCGGGGAAAACUGAGCAGAUGACCACAGGCAAAAAAUGAGCAAGAUAAAAAUUGGGCUAAGAGUGGCUGACAGAGCCUUCAAGGAAGAGGUUUUCUCUUUCAGUGGUAAUGGGAGGAGAAAUACUUUUUCUCGGGAUUUCCAUGGGUGAAUUGAGAGGGAUUGGAGUGUGAAGUGUACUUCUAGAGAAGAGAAAGGAAACAAAGCAACUUCUGGAGCUUUCUCUUGUUUUCAUUUGAUUUAAUUUAUGCAAAAGAUUAAUACUGUGUUUUUUGUUUUUCUAGUGUUUAGUAAAAUAAUUACUGAGAAAAUUGAGUUGUAUAGGUUUUCUUUUUGCUUUCAAUUGGGAAUAUUUGGAAAAUAUAACUAUUUUACUUUCCUGUAAGAUACAGAGACUUAAAUGAAUAUGAGAGUUUUCGACUUCUUACUUCUGUUAAAACUGUAUCCUUAGACAUAGAAUUUGAGUAAUUUGAUUUGGUCAGAUUCUGAAGACUGGAGAUUGUUGUCUUCAUGGAAGAAUAACCUACAAAAGAUGUUUGGUUUGAUUGUCUUGCUUGAUAAUUUAUCCUGGUUACAACUUAGAAAUUGAUGCAUCUUUUUUCCUAAAUAUAAAUACUUGUGAGAUUGCUCUGUUCAAAUUGAAAAUGUACCAUUGGCAUAUUUGUUUUUCCUUGGAUGCGUCAUAGUAAAAUAAAAGCAUGUUAAGCUG